UGCCCUCAGCCGGCGGCGGGGGCGGGCGGGGCCGGCCGGCGGCGCGCGCGCAGCACCCGGCAUGCAGCGGGCGGCGGGCUCGCUCCAAGAUGGCGGCGCCGCUGGAGGAGUACGAGAAGGAGGCGGGCUGCGUGCCCAUCCUGCACCCCGAGGAAAUAAAGCCUCAAAGCCAUUACAACCACGGAUACAGUGAAUCUCUUGCACGGAAAAGCCACAUUGAUGAUUACAGCACUUGGGACAUCGUCAAAGCCACACAGUAUGGAAUAUAUGAACGAUGUAGAGAGUUGGUGGAAGCAGGUUAUGAUGUACGACAACCAGACAAAGAAAACGUAACGCUUCUCCACUGGGCUGCAAUCAACAACAGGAUAGAUCUGGUGAAAUACUAUAUAUCAAAAGGUGCUAUCGUUGAUCAGCUUGGAGGAGAUCUAAAUUCUACCCCACUUCACUGGGCAACAAGACAGGGUCACUUAUCCAUGGUUGUACAGCUGAUGAAAUAUGGUGCAGAUCCGUCGCUAAUUGAUGGAGAAGGAUGUAGCUGUAUUCAUUUGGCUGCCCAGUUUGGACAUACAUCAAUUGUUGCUUACCUGAUAGCAAAGGGACAGGAUGUGGAUAUGAUGGAUCAAAAUGGAAUGACACCUCUAAUGUGGGCAGCUUACAGAACACAUAGUGUGGAUCCAACGCGAUUACUACUUACGUUUAAUGUUUCUGUUAAUCUUGGAGACAAAUAUCACAAAAACACAGCAUUGCACUGGGCUGUGCUUGCGGGAAAUACUACAGUUAUUAGUCUUCUGUUAGAAGCUGGAGCUAAUGUUGAUUCUCAGAAUAUAAAGGGAGAAUCACCACUUGAUCUAGCAAAACAGAGGAAAAACGUUUGGAUGAUCAAUCACCUACAAGAAGCAAGACAGGCUAAGGGAUAUGACAGUCCAUCCUUUCUGAGAAAACUAAAAGCUGAUAAGGAAUUCCGUCAGAAGGUGAUGCUGGGAACUCCUUUCCUAGUUAUUUGGCUGGUUGGGUUCAUAGCAGACCUAGACAUUGAUUCUUGGCUCAUUAAAGGGCUGAUGUAUGGUGGCGUUUGGGCUAUGGUGCAGUUUCUUUCAAAGUCAUUCUUUGAUCACUCUAUGCACAGUGCAUUGCCUCUUGGAAUAUACUUGGCCACAAAAUUCUGGAUGUAUGUGACGUGGUUCUUCUGGUUUUGGAAUGAUCUCAAUUUUUUCUUUAUACACCUUCCGUUCCUUGCUAAUAGUGUUGCACUUUUCUACAAUUUUGGAAAAUCCUGGAAAUCUGAUCCGGGAAUCAUCAAAGCCACAGAAGAACAAAAGAAAAAGACAAUAGUAGAACUUGCAGAGACGGGAAGUCUGGACCUCAGUAUAUUCUGCAGUACAUGCUUGAUACGGAAGCCAGUGAGGUCCAAACAUUGUGGUGUAUGCAAUCGAUGUAUAGCAAAGUUUGAUCACCACUGCCCGUGGGUGGGUAACUGCGUAGGAGCAGGGAACCAUCGCUAUUUUAUGGGAUACCUGUUCUUCCUCCUAUUUAUGAUCUGCUGGAUGAUUUAUGGGUGUAUCUCUUACUGGGGUUUCCACUGUGAGACAAGUUAUGCAAAGGAUGGAUUUUGGACCUAUAUUACACAGAUUGCUACCUGUUCUCCUUGGAUGUUUUGGAUGUUUCUAAACAGUGUUUUUCACUUCAUGUGGGUGGCUGUGUUACUCAUGUGUCAGAUGUAUCAGAUAUCUUGCUUAGGAAUCACUACAAAUGAAAGAAUGAAUGCAAGACGAUACAAGCACUUUAAAGUUACAACCACGUCUAUUGAAAGCCCAUUCAACCAUGGAUGUAUAAGGAACAUUAUAGACUUCUUUGAAUUCAGAUGCUGUGGUCUUUUUCGGCCUGUCAUCGUGGACUGGACAAGGCAGUACACAAUUGAAUAUGACCAAACUUCAGGAUCAGGCUACCAGCUAGUGUAGCACCACCUUCGUCCUGUGAGCAUAUCAUAUCUGAGUGGUGCCUGAAAAUUUUUCUCUCUCUCUCUCGAAUCCACAUCCCUUGAAGAGUCGCAUGCUAUGUGUAGGGCUGGUGAUGAAUCUUAAGGUACCUGCUCUUCAUCAGAGUUUUAUUAACAAGAGUGAAAAUGGACAGAAUAAACUGCCAAACCUGAUAUGGAAGAGGAGGAAGAUCAAAAAGGGAUUUUAACAGUUCUUAACAUGAGAAUUAUUCGCAACAGCAUAUUCACAGUAUUUGUUGUUGGUUUUUUAUUUAAGAUCUUUCACAAUGGAGCAUGAGUUUACUGAAGUAUCGACAUAAGUAGUUACGUUGUGCUGAGCAGAAAAAUUCAUUUCCCAAUACGAAUAAUUCCACUGAAACAAGAAUUUAGAAUAUAAAGCUAAAUUUCAUGAUGCAGAGUUCACUGAUCGCUAUGGUGUAGUUCCUGUAAUGUGAUUUUUUUAAUACAGAUUUUCUGUAGUAUUAUGUACAUUGAAAAAUGUGCUUUUCAAUACUGUGAAAAACAUCAUGUGGUGGGAAUCCCCUGUAAUGUGUUAGCAGUAGGGCACAUCAGAUAAUGGUUUUAAAAAGAAAGAAGAACUGCCCACGUUUUUUGGUGAAUUUUACUGUCACCAGUUACUGGUACAGCUAAGUACUUGUGAAGACCCUGUUCUGAGAUUAUAUAGUCUGAAACAAAUGAUUGUGCAAGUAAGAAAAGCUCUUCUGUCAAAGUUAAAGCCCUGCUUAAAUGCAUGAUACACCUGUAAAGCUAGGUUAUAUAACGUUCAGGAAAAAAGUGGAGAAACUUCAUUAUCUUUGAAGUAAAUGUAUCAACAACUUACAAAGUAGCAGUGUUUCAGUACUAGGUUUGGUCCCCAUACAGUACAGUGUGGUGUAAUUGCAGACACGUUCAAAGAGAAAUUGCAUGGGGGAAACCAAAGGUGUGAAAGCAAAAAUCUGUUAUAAAAAGACAAGAGGAAAUAGCUUUUAACUGACUGCAACUGCAGAAGAAGAAACUAGAGUCAUCCGAGUUAUACUUACUUUGUUUGGAUGUAAAAUGAUGGAAAACUUAAAAAAAA